AUGGCGCGAGAUGGCAAGGGUGGGGAUUCCGGGCUGUCGGCAGGGGAGAAGCUCUCCCAGCUGCGCAAGCUUAUGAAAGACCGCCAACUAGACGCGUUCAUUGUCUACAGCGGGGACGCACAUGGCAGUGAAAUUCCGGCCCCGUGCGACGAAAGACGCCAGUUCCUCACCGGCUUCGACGGCAGCAAUGGCGUGGCCGUCGUCACCGCUGACGAGGCGCUACUGUGGACUGACGGAAGAUAUUUCGUCCAGGCCGAACAGCAGCUGGACGCUUCUCUGUGGACUCUCAUGAAACAAAACACGCCGGGGACUCCGAAAGUCCAGGGCUGGCUUUUCAACAAUGCAAAAGUGAAACGUGUAGGCGUCGACGGUCACUCCACGCUGAUCUCGGAGUAUCGACAGCUGCUCCACGCCGGCUUCGUCCCCUCGCCGUCGUCUUCCGCCCCUUCCCUCGGCGCCGCAGGCGACCUGUCCCUGAAAAGCAACGGCAGUGGCGGACCCGUAGACGCUGGAAACGCGAAGGAACUCGUCAUCCUUUCUGAAAACCUCGUGGACCAGGCCCUAGACGACGUGGCGUGGUUUCUGAAUCUUCGAGGCGCAGAUGCUCCUUGUUCUCCUGUCUUCCUCUCCUACUGCUUGAUCGUCAACACGGCUUCGGCGCUCCACCCAGCUGAAAACGGCGACUCUUCAGUGCAAGACGGCUCGUCAGCUCUGAUUGUUCUGUAUACAAACGAGGAGCGGAUCAAAGGCGCCGUUGCUGAGGCGCUAGCCAGAUACCGCGUGCACGUUCGUCCUUACGGGAGCGUGUGCGAUGAUUUGCGGCACGUCCUCCGAAACAAACCGUCCUUCAUCGACUUCAUCUCCCAAGCGGAACGCCCCGCCGGCUCCAACAACCAAAACGCCGACGCUUCCAACCAGAAAAGUGACGACGGAUCAGAGAGGAGCAAAACGUGUGCUCAAAUGCUCUGGGUUGAUCCAACCGCCAACGUAUCCAUUUUCGCAACUGCGAACGAGUGUGACGCCCGCGUGACGCUGGCAGUGACCCCAGCUGCGAAGCAGAAGGCAGUGAAGAACUCGGCGGAGCUUGAGGGAAUGAAGGAGGCACACGUGCAGGACGGCGUCGCUCUCGCCAAGUUCUUCUCGUGGUUGGAGCGGACGAGCGGGGAACCGCAACCUGAGCCGUUCUCUGAGUGGCUUGUGGCCCAGGUUGUCGACGGUUUUCGAGCGCUCUCCCCGUCUUUCAGGGGAAUCUCCUUUUCCACCAUCGCCUCUGCCGACGCGAACGCCGCCAUCGUCCACUAUCGGCCCUCGCGGGAGGACAGUGCACCGGUCACGUCUUCGUGUCUCUUCCUCCUCGAUAGCGGCGGUCACUACGCCGUCGGCGGGACGACAGAUGUCACGCGAACCGUGCACACGGGGACUCCAACAGAACUCCAACGACGCUAUUUCACGCUGGUUCUCAAGGGGUUUAUAGGCCUGUCUCGGCAGGUGUUUCCACAGGGAACGCGCGGGCCGCAGCUCGACGUGCUGGCGCGCCAGUAUUUGUGGGCUUCUGGCCUGGACUAUCGGCAUGGAACGGGACACGGUGUUGGAAGCUAUUUGAACGUCCACGAAGGGCCGAUCGGUAUUUCUCCCCGCCUCAUUUGUCAAGCAGGCGAGACUGAUUUGGCGGAGGGGAACGUGCUGUCGGUGGAGCCCGGAUUCUAUGAGCAAGGCAGCCUUGGCAUCCGCAUAGAGAAUCUUGUCUACGUCACAAAAGCCACUCCGGCCGAGAACUUCGAGGACAUGAAGUUUCUCCGUUUCGACCAGCUUACUGUUGUUCCCAUCCAGAAAAAGCUGAUUCUCCCUUCUCUCCUGACAAACGAGGAAAUUCAGUGGCUGAACGAUUACCACCAGCGAGUAUGGACACUGGUGGCUCCUCGUCUUCGAGAAGAAACCAAAAACAAGGCGGUGACCUCAAUCACUGUGGGAGAAGGCAGAAGAAUCUCAGUUCCCACUCCGGGUGAAACUCUGAGUUGGCUCGAGAAAGCCACAGCUCCGUUGCCUCUCCACUAG